AUGCUGACCCGCCUGUUCAGCGAGCCCGGUCUCCUCUCGGACGUGCCCAAGUUCGCCAGCUGGGGCGACGGCGACGACGACGAGCCGAGAAGCGACAAGGGCGAGGCGCCGCCGCCACCUCCGCCUCCGCCGGGGCCCGGGGCUCCGGGGCCCGCCCGGGCCGCCAAGCCCGUCCCUCUCCGUGCUGACGAGGUGCCGGAGGCCGCGCUGGCCGAGGUCAAGGAGGAAGGCGAGCUGGGGGGCGAGGAGGAGGAGGAAGAGGAGGAAGAGGAAGGGCUGGACGAGGCAGAGGGCGAGCGGCCCAAGAAGCGCGGGCCCAAGAAGCGCAAGAUGACCAAGGCGCGCCUGGAGCGCUCCAAGCUGCGGCGGCAGAAGGCGAACGCGCGGGAGCGCAACCGCAUGCACGACCUGAACGCGGCGCUGGACAACCUGCGGAAGGUGGUGCCCUGCUACUCCAAGACCCAGAAGCUGUCCAAGAUCGAGACGCUGCGCCUCGCCAAGAACUACAUCUGGGCGCUCUCUGAGAUUCUGCGCUCGGGCAAGCGCCCCGACCUAGUGUCCUACGUGCAGACGCUGUGCAAGGGCCUGUCGCAGCCCACCACCAACCUGGUGGCCGGCUGCCUGCAGCUCAACUCGCGCAACUUCCUCACUGAGCAGGGCGCCGACGGCACGGGCCGCUUCCACGGCUCCGGCGGCCCAUUCGCCAUGCACCCCUACCCGUACCCGUGCUCGCGCCUGGCGGGCGCACAGUGCCAGGCGGCGGGCGGCCUGGGCAGCGGCGCGGCGCACGCCCUGCGGACCCACGGCUACUGCGCCGCCUACGAGACGCUGUACGCGGCGGCUGGCGGCGGCGGUGCGAGCCCGGACUACAACAGCUCCGAGUACGAGGGCCCGCUCAGCCCCCCGCUCUGUCUCAAUGGCAACUUCUCGCUCAAGCAGGACUCGUCGCCCGACCACGAGAAGAGCUACCAUUACUCUAUGCACUACUCGGCGCUGCCCGGCUCGCGGCCCACGGGCCACGGGCUGGUCUUCGGCUCGUCUGCUGUGCGCGGGGGCGUCCACUCGGAGAAUCUCUUGUCUUACGAUAUGCACCUUCACCACGACCGGGGCCCCGUGUACGAGGAGCUCAAUGCGUUUUUCCAUAACUGA